AUGAACCCUGAAAUCUCCGACCACAGCCAUCCCUGGCCUCAUCGAUCAGUCCAGGUCCAGGAGUCUGUAUGUAGGAGCGUCAUGUUAGCGGUGGCCGGUCGUCCUAUAACGGUGGAAGUCAUUUGCAUAGCGCCAAUCCCACUUCUCGGAACUGGCCUCCAGCUAAUGAGUGUAAAUGGGCCGGUCGGUCUCCGUGUGCCGAUACAUCAGGAGUCCUAUGAUACAUGGAGUCGUGUGCUCGCUGCCGGAGCGGCGGCUCACGAUCCACCGGCACACGGCAUCCACAGCCAUUACAUCACUACACCGGCUCCAUUAAUAUUAUCAUUGCUCACACCUUUGUCUGCUCCGGCCGAAUGA